AUGAAUAUUAUAAAAUCUACUUUUUUUGUUUCGCGCAAUUGUGGCACCAGAGCUUUCACUACAACUGGAACCCGUCUGGUUGCCAGUAACUUUGGUAUGCCGGCUAUGUCUCCUACAAUGACUGAAGGUGGAAUUGUCGACUGGAAAUUCAAAGAGGGGGAUUCUUUCAACGCUGGAGAUAUUUUAUUGGAAAUUGAAACAGAUAAGGCUCAGAUUGAUGUUGAAGCUCAGGAUGAUGGUAUUCUGGCUAAAAUAUAUAUACCCUCUGGAACAACUGGCAUUCCAGUAGGAAAAACUAUUGCUGUACUUGCAGAACCCGGCGAUGAUCUGAAGACGCUAGAAAUUCCCAAACCAGAAGGAGGUGCUUCUGGCUCUUCUACCGCUACCGCUACCGCCACACCAGCUGUGGCCUCAGCACCAGCUCCUUCUCCUUCUCCUUCUCCUGUAACUCCGGACCAAAGCAAAGAGCCCGGAAAAAUAUCCGCUUCUGGUGUAACCAGAUCUCCUAAUGAGACAGAAACUGCUAUUAUCACGACUAAAGCAAAUCCUUUACAAACCCUUUCACCAUCAGUACUUGCUUUGGCAUUGGAUAACAACUUGACCAAACAAGAUGUGCUUGACAAGGUGCCUGCUUCUGGACCCAAGGGUCGAGUGCUUAAAGGUGACAUCCUUGCAUUUCUCGGAAAAGUUCCACGUGCUGAUGUUGACACAAUUGUAAGCUCAAUUCAACGACUUCAGCAUUUGGAUCUAUCAAAAAUCAACAUAAAGAAGUCCAUUGCUUCUACUCCUGCCGCUACUGCCGCACCCACGGGCUUUAAAGCUCCAGCCUCCGAAAAGAGUUCUGAGGCCCCCGCCUUGAAAAAGCCUGAGGCCACUCUACCUCCCGCACCAACCGUGUUAAGUGCUUUUUUCACACUCAGCGAUGUUUCCACUCUUCAAAAGUCGUUGGAAACUAAUCUCAGGAUUACCCCGCCAUCCACUAAAACCCUUGUUGAAAAAGCAUCUAAACGUGCCAUAAAAGAUGCCAAUACGUUUUACGCUACACGCCGUGCUAAGACUGUGCUUUUUGACCCUGUCUUUGAGGAUAUUAUUGCCCCGAGAACUCAUGGUCAGUCCCCCUUUGUUGUUUCAAUCAAGUACCCUAAAGCACCUGUUACUGCAACUGUUACUAAAAGUGACAUCUAUGACGACUUGUUAAGCAACAAAAAGCCUUUUGGGCUUAAAAAAUCAGCCCAUAUCACUCCUUUAGACCUUUUGACUGUUGAUGUUACUCUCAAUUCGAGGUACCCUGGUGCCUCCGAAAAGGCUAAGAUUUAUAUUGAUCGGUUGGGAUUCUAUUUAUCUCAAGGAACAAGCGAGCUCUUUUUGUAA